GUUAGUCAGGGUUUGAAUUUAUGUGCCGAAAACGACGCUCAUGUCGAACAAAUGGGUUAAUAAAAAGUACACAUUUCAGAGAGAAUGGAAGAAAUUAUGGAUGAAGAAAUCUCUACUGUAAAGGAUUCAUGUACUAUUAAUGUAGUGGAAGAUGUAAAGGAGGAAAGUACAGAAAAUCAAGGCAAAGUUGUCAAGAUUGAAGUAGAUCCCCUUUUCCCUGAACAAAAGAGGCUUAAAAAGAGGAAACUGAGAGAAAAAAGAGAUACAAGUUUUCCCUGUGUAAAAUGUGAUUAUAUGGCAACUCAAGCAUGUGAUGUAAAGAGACAUAUUGAAAAUAUGCAUGAAGGAGUGAGGUAUCCAUGUGAUCAAUGUGAAUACGCUGCCACUCAAGCAGGUAGUCUGAAGAUACACAUUAAAUCAAAACAUGAAGGAGUCACAUAUCCUUGCGAUCAAUGUGAAUACGCUGCCACUACAUCCAGUAGUCUGAAGAUACACAUUAAAUCUAAGCACGAAGGAGUGAGAUAUUCUUGUUCUAAUUGUGAAUAUACUGCCACUACAGCAGGUAAUCUGAAGAAUCAUAUUGAAAAAAAACAUGAAGGAGUUAGAUAUCCGUGUUGCCAGUGUAUGUAUGCUGCAACUGACCAAAGUAGUCUGAGGAGACAUAUUAAAAAUAAACAUGAAGGAGUGAGAUAUCCCUGUGGCCACUGUGUGUAUGCUGCAACCGACCCAGGAAAUCUGAAGAAACAUAUUGAAUCUAAACACGAAGGAGUGAGAUAUCCCUGUAAUCAGUGUGAAUACGUUGCUACUGGUGUACAGGGUCUGAAAAGACACAUUGAAUCUAAACAUGAUGGAGUGAGAUAUCCAUGCUCUCAUUGUGAAUACGCUGCCACUACAUCAGGCAGUCUGAAGAUACAUAUUGAAUCUAAACAUGAAGGAGUAAGGUAUUCCUGUGAUCAGUGUGAAUACGUUGCAUUUGACCAAAGUAAACUGAAGAAACAUUUUAAAAAUAAACAUGAAGGAGUAAGUUAUCCAUGCGAUCAAUGCAAGUACGCUGCCACUACAGCAAGUGCUUUGAAGAUACAUAUUGAAAAUAUUCAUGAAGGAGUGAGAUAUCCUUGCGAUCAGUGUGAAUACGUUGCCACCCAAUCCUCUCAUUUAAAAACACAUCAAAAAAGGAAACAUAUUAAAUAAGAAGUAUUUUGCACUGCAAACUUAAAAUUGUCUUUUUUCUCAUUGCACCUCAACAUUUUCCAGGGAUAACAUUCCAAAAUUUACCGGAGGAGAAAAGGAAUAAAUAAAUAUCUUUGUAAACAUUGUGAUAAAUCUACAACUAAUACUUAUAUUUUAAAGAUUCACAUUCAUCAUCUGGAAACUCAUGUUAAAGGGAAAAUAUGAGAAAACCAAACAAAAUAUCCAUGAUACAUUAAUAUAAUAUCGUUUUGAAAAUGAAAUUUUGCCUUAUGG